GCUCGCGUACGGCAACUUAUGCCCAUCCCACUUAUGCAGACGCCUCAAUUAGGAUUAAUGAAAAAAUAUAUUUAUCUUUAGCUCAUAAUCCAAUAAGUUCCCAUUGAAGAGAAAACUUGAAAGGACAUUCAAGUGGAAACUGAAGACUCAUAUCUUUGAAAAUGUUAUGACAGAAAUAAGUCAUUUAAGUGAACUCAGAACUAAGUGACAGAUCAACAAGACCAACCCCAGUAACCGAGUGAGGGUUGGAAGAAAGACUCCAAACACGGUAACGACGAUGAUUAUUACAAGUGUGUGGGUGGUGGUGCCAUAUAGGCAGCGUCCAGCAGCAGGACGGCGGGCAGGCAGCAGCAGGUGGCAGUAGGUGGAGCAGCAGCAGUAGGGGGAGGUGGAGGGGAGGAGGAGAAGGAGGGGAGACGGAUGACGGUGUUGGCAUUCAGGAAACUUCCAACUUCAGGACUUCAGCGACACCACAACAGCUAGGACAACAUGGGGUCAGAACAGCAUUAUUCAUUACGUUGGAAUGACUACACAGUCAAAAUUGUUACAGCAUUUCAGUCACUGAGGGACGAGGAGGAUUUUGUUGAUGUUACUGUGGCCUGUGAUGGUCACUCCUACUCGGCCCACAAGAUGGUGCUUUCUGCGUGCUCUCCAUAUUUCCGGGCUCUUCUUAGGGCCAACCCGUGCCAGCACCCCAUAGUUAUCCUAAAAGAUGUGGGUCAUGUAGAACUAGAAAGACUACUUGAAUUUAUGUACAACGGUGAAGUUAGCAUCGCUCAAGACCAGCUGGCAGCCUUCCUCAGAACUGCAGAAAAUCUAAAGAUCCGUGGACUCGCAGGCUCUUCAGAUGAUAUGGAUCAAUUAGGACUGCAGAGACCGGAUGUGUCAUAUAGUUAUAGCAGCUGUUCGAUAGGAGGAGCUGGAGGGACCUCUGGUCGAAGUAGUCCCUCCGCUGGUUAUGCCCCCAGUCAAGGUUCUAAAGAUGAGGAAGUCGGGGGUGACGGCAGUGGAGGCUAUCAUGCCAGAGCUGAGUCACCCCCGAGUAAGAGACGGAAACGACUGAGUGCCCCUGCUGCUGGCCAUGCUGACUUGAAUACUGAGACUCAUAGUUCAGAAUGUGUGGUGGAAGCUACUGUGGAAAUUGAAUCUGGUGGUUCUCUUAGUGGAACUUUGCCUGGCGAGGACGACGUACGGCAGGACCGAAGAGAGUUAAAAAGUGAACCGGGUGAUGUUAUGGCGGAAGUAUAUAGUGAAACAUCAGAACUAACUGAUCCUACAUCUCACUCAGGCGAGGGCCUAGAUCCAAGGCAAUCUGUACUUUAUCCUCUAGCCUUGCCAGGGCCGUCAGGAGCAGCAGGAAAUCCAGACUCUGUAGGGCCUCAUGAAUCAGGGGGAGUGAAUAUAGAAUCGUAUGUGUCAGCCUUGAUGGCAAUCGCAAAUGCAGCACAGGUGACGGCGCCUUCAGACCGGCCCAUGAAGUGUCCAUUGUGUAUGAGCAUCAUCAAGCAAGCAAGAAAUCUUCGACGCCAUGUAUUGAAGCGGCAUCUUCCUGCAGCUAAACGUGGAGAGAUCACUGAAGCUGAUGUCAAAAUUGUUCUGGAAAAGAAUCUGAAGGCUAUCACAGUUACACCUUUGACAGAAGAGGAGUUACAGCAGAUACAGUCACGAGUUCGGAAAAAAGGAAAGGGUCGCAGGAAGAAAGGUGUGGCUUCUUUACCAGUAGGUGUUAAUGGUUCAAAUAUAAAUGAAUCCGAAGUUACUAUACGCAAGCUUCCCCAUAAAAAGCUCAAAAAAGACAAGGCUGGGAAUCAGAACACAGCAAAUGCCAAUAAUGCUGGUAUGACUGGUGACGGAGGAAAUCGAGAAGACAUUUUACAGGAAGCCUUAGCUGCUCGAGAUAAAGAUAUGACUGGUCAAGGUGUGAUGGACUUAGCCACUGGUCAGCAGCAAUUGCCUCCAAUAUCAGUGGUGGUGUCACACACUUCCCACUCAGGAGGGCAGAUGACAUCUCAGCCAAUGUCCCUUACUGUCACUCAAACGGCGUCCGGAGUCCAUGCUCGUAUUCCUGCAGAGGCGGCAUUAGGGGCGGGGGUGCGACUUCAAGCUGAUUCUCCUCUCCCUUUACAUCGGGACCUUCCAGUAAUGACACCUAUGGCCUUUGAGCCUCAGGUAACCAUUAGUGAAGGAAUGAUAACCUAUCAUACCACCUCUCCUUCCCAAGUCCCUACCCAGACAACUGCUGGAACACCUGCUUGCUACACACCUACUUCUUAUUGGGCACCAACAGGGAUGCCAGGCCUGUCUCCUGGGACCUUCCAGGCACAUCAGAGUGUAUUUGCUCCAACACAUACUGAUUAUUUUGCUGCAGGCAUGCACAUGACUCGACCUUCUGCCCUGGAGCGUAUGCAGCAACACCGUAGAAAACCAUACCAGUGAAACUUCCCAAGUAUAUGACAUCUAUCUCGACAACCAUCUACUCUAGCAUGAUGAUUUGGAGACUAGAGUAUAGUAGUUCAUAAUGUAUAGCUCUACUUAGAAGUGGUAUGGAUGCUGGUGGGGAGCACGAACUGGACCAAGAUCCUUGCGAAGCGCCAAUGAUCAUGUAGUCAUUAGAGUACAAGUUUUAUAUAUAUACAUAUAUAUAUAUAUAUAGACAGCAGUAUCUGAUAUAUAUUGAAUCAUGGUCAUUUUAUUUUGUGCUUGAAGUACAAUUAAAUUUAUAAAGUGAGUGCAGUACUGUAAUGUAAUGUUUUAUAUAUUGUGCUUUAAUCGUUCCAAGUGGACAGGACUGAAGUAAGUGAUGUCUCCUGGUAUGUAGACAUGUUAUGGUUGUGUUUUUUUUUUUUUUUUAGAAAAUUAUUCCUAAAGAGACAUUUUUUUGAGGAACAUAGUCUGUUACCUUGUGUAUCAUUGUAUUAUCUUCAUACAAAAAUGUAAUGACCUAAGAGUACAGUGCGUAUAUGCAAUAGGCAUGUUUUAGUUCUUUACCUAGUUCAUACAGUAUUAUCAUACUGUAUUUUAAUGUACAACUGCAGGUAUUUGCAGUAUUUUCUUUGCAAUCCUUAUACAUACUGUCAAUUUGAAUGAGUAUGUUUCUUUGUAAAUAUAUUGAUAUAUAAAGUUAUAUUGAAAUAAAUUACUGUAUGCAAACAGAGUUGCAUCUCAUGAAGCCAUGCCAUUUUAUUGUAAUGCAAAUUUGCAUUCAUAGUAAUUAAUAUGCAGCAUAAAUAACUCCUGAAAUAUUCUGGAGAGUGUAUCAGUGUUCUUAUAGCUAUUGCUAUUGCCAUUAAUUUGAUAGCAGAAGAGGCAGAAAUUUAAUUAUUUUUUGUACAAUGUCUACAGGAAUGUUAUUAUUUAUACUGUACCAGUAAAAAGGAAGAACAAUAGGUGGACCCUGUUCUCAUUUUGGACAAGGAAUUGGAAAGUCUAAUAUACCAUUCUUAGUCCAAGAUGCUGCAUCCAGAGGAUUUUAUUUAGUCGAGUUAACAGAUUUAUGAAAGAUUUUUCUUAUAACAAAAAUAGAACUUAUGAAAUAUGCUUUUAUAGACUUAGGGUUUAUGGUCUGAAACUGUGCCACAGAACUGGUAAAAGCAAUGUGAUAGUUUUGAAAGUAACAGUAUUUUCAAGCACUGCAAUUCUUUAAAAACAUUUUUUUUUAUUGAUGUUAUUAUGGCUUUCUGUUUUUAUUUUUUUUAAUUUAAAUGCCCCCAAAAACUGUACAGAAUAAUAAUUAAAUGAAAGUAAAUGAUAGAUAGCAUUUUAAGCUUUCUUGCAGUUAGCUUGAUUUUUGCUUCAAGCAAAAAUCAAGCUUUCAGAAAUUGUAAACUGCCCAUGAAGAGCACUUCUUUUGUUUUACAGGAUCUCUGAGAGUCAUUUGUUUAAUAUCUUAGUAAUCCUUGUUUUAGGAACACCAGUUGCUUCAUGGAAGAGGUCAGUUACUUAGUGUACUUGAUUUUUAUAUGAUCCAGAUAUAUAUUUUCUUUCCUCUGUUUUGAAGGAAAUGUGACUGAAUAGGUCAAGAGAUAUUGUUCAAGAUUACAGUGUUGUACACUCAGUAGUCUGAAAGUAAAGUACAAUGACAUGGUUUUGAAAGUUAUUCUCCCUGUACAGUACAUAUAACCUACGUAUAUAUAUGUAUAGAAUUCACGAGUGUUUUGUAUGUGGUCACAAUUUAGUUAUAUUUCAUGAGAAUAGAUUUUGUGAAGUGAGUACCAUUGCAAGAAACAAAUCAUGAGAAAAGUUAUCCAUAUAAUAGUACUGUGCUAUUAAGUUUAUUUUAAAUUUAAUACAGUAAUGAUUUAAUAUUCAACCUAACUUUGAGGUUAAUUAAACUAUUCAUAAAGAGUUAAAUCUUCCAGAUACCAAAGAGUAAACUACUGUAUAACAUUAAUGAAUCUCAUUUCUGUGCAGACUUAUUCUUGAAAAGAAAUUUGCUUUCUUGGUUUAAUUUAUCCUUUUGCAAUUCUGUACUUUGUUCAACUGUUUUCCUGUAGCUUUUAUAUUUCUGGAUACCUUUGAUAUAUUUUGAAGUAAGAUAUUUAUUUUCUGUUAACUUUUUAUGGUACAGUCCAUACAGCUUAAUGUAUCAUAAUACUGUGUAAAAAAUAUUUUCCAAAUGGAUAAUAAACCAACCCAUGAUUGUGUUGUGCCUGUAGUGUAGGUCUCUGCCAAUGGUUAUAAAUUGUAAGUUUUGUACCUCAGAAGUAUAAUCCCUUUCUUGAAGGAAGUGCUGUCUCCAGUUGACAGUUAUUUAAAUCCUGCUCUGCUUUCCUAGCCCUGAAAUUCACUUAAGACUGGAAAUGCUUACAUUUGGGCCUAUUGGAGGCCUCUUUUCUUCUCCUGUUUUAUAUUUCAGAUCACAUAGGAAGAUGGGCAUCUAUUAAUGAGCUUCUUUCAUGGUAAGUAGGCAUUAGAACCUUAUGUUCUGCUUUUGUAUGUUAAGACUCCAUCAAUGUGCUAAGCAAAAGCUUAGUGAAAUAUUGUAAAAUUAUUAAAAAUCUAUUAGGGAUAUUUUUAUAACAGUGCUUGAACAAGCAUCCAAAAGUUUUACUUAUACUAUUUGGGUAUUAUCUUUUAUUGUAAUUUUGACAAAUUUUGUAAUUUAAUCAGUAAUGUCAUUUUUCAUAAUCACUAAUAAUGAAUGAAGAAGAAUUUAUGUUUUAAAAUAUGUAUUGUUCAAAGAACUAAAAUGAUUUGUCAUAGUGCAAUAGUAUUAUAUUUGGGAACAGAUUUUUGUUGACAUUUUCUUAGAAGUUGUAAUAUGAUCAAGUUGUUUUUUCAUUGCAGUAUUUGCAUUUAAUGUAGAAAAUUUUUUUGUUAUCAUUCAUUUGGUACAUACAUCCAAGAAUUCCAGCCCUAAUGCCUCUGUUUAAUUAAAGUCAUAUAUAUGAA